AUGGCUUUGACAAGCGGAAGGGCAUUGAUCUUCGUGGUAGUGCUGGGGAUAUGGGCUUGCCAAGCCCCUUGCCGGACGUUGCAUGAUCAUCAUGAUCAUGAAGCUUCCAUGUUAGAGAGGCAUGAAAAAUGGAUGGCUAAUUAUGGCCGAACUUACAAGCUCAAGGCAGAUAAGGAAAUGCGUUUCAAGCUUUUCAAGCAAAAUGUGGAGUUCAUUGAGUCCUUCAACAGUGGUGUGAAUCGGUCAUACAAGCUGUGCAUCAAUGAAUUUGCGGAUCAAACUAACGAAGAAUUCCGGGCCUCGCACAAUGGAUACAAAAGGUCCUCCAAUGUCUCUAGGCCUUCUGCAAUGAAACCAUUCAGGUAUGAGAACGUGACUGCAGUGCCUUCUAGAGUUGAUUGGAGGAAGAAAGGAGCUGUUACCCCUAUCAAGGACCAGGGCGAAUGUGGAUGUUGUUGGGCGUUUUCAGCGGUUGCAGCCGUGGAAGGAAUCACCCAAAUCCAUAAAAAAAAGUUGAUCUCUCUUUCGGAGCAAGAAUUAGUUGAUUGUGACACCAAGGGUGAAGACCAAGGCUGCGAAGGUGGUCUAAUGGAUAACGCCUUCAAAUUUAUCAUCCACAACAAAGGCCUUACAACUGAAGCGAAGUAUCCGUACAAGGGGUUAGACGGAAUUAGUUGCAGGAAGAACAAGACAGCGUCCCAUGCGGUGACGAUCAAAGGCUAUGAACACGUGCCUGCCAACAGCGAGAAGGCACUGCUCAAGGCAGUGGCCAACCAGCCGGUUUCUGUUGCGAUUGAUGCCGGUGGCUAUGCCCUCCAGUUUUACUCCAAGGGGGUCUUCACAGGAGAGUGUGGAAACGAUUUGAACCACGGUGUCGCUGCCGUUGGAUAUGGGGUCGCAGAAAAUGGGACUAAGUAUUGGUUGGUCAAGAAUUCAUGGGGCACCGGAUGGGGUGAAGAUGGAUACAUAAGAAUGAAAAGAGAUGUUGAUGCUAAGGAAGGUCUAUGUGGCAUCGCCAUGGUUUCUUCCUAUCCCACUUCUUGAGUUAUAGCAUGCGAAUGGUGAAUAAACGACGUCCUUUCAUCUUGCAUAUAUAUAUGCAUUGCCCUCGUGUGUUUAGCUGUUUCUCCAUGUUUAUGCAAGUGAGAUGAGAUGUAAAUACUUGAAAUUUAGA